AUGGCUAUUUCAAAAGUUCACUCCAGAUACGUUUACGAUUCAAGAGGUAACCCAACCGUUGAAGUCGAAUUGACUACUGAAAAGGGUACUUUCAGAUCAAUUGUUCCUUCUGGUGCCUCAACUGGUGUUCACGAAGCCUUGGAAUUGAGAGAUGGUGACAAAUCAAAAUGGUUAGGUAAGGGUGUUUUGAAAGCUGUUUCAAACGUUAACGACAUUAUUGCUCCAGCUUUGGUCAAGGCUAACAUUGAUGUUGUCGAUCAAGCUAAGGUUGAUGAAUUUUUAUUAAAAUUGGACGGUACCCCAAACAAGGCCAAAUUGGGUGCCAAUGCUAUCCUUGGUGUUUCAUUAGCUGCUGCUAAGGCUGGUGCUGCUCAAAAGGGUGUUGAAUUAUACGAACACAUUGCUGACCUCUCAAACUCUAAAAAGGAUAAAUACGUUUUACCAGUCCCAUUCCAAAAUGUCUUGAAUGGUGGUUCCCACGCUGGUGGUGACUUGGCUUUCCAAGAAUUUAUGAUUGUUCCAUCUGGUGUUUCAACUUUUAGCGAUGGUUUAAGAAUCGGUUCAGAAGUUUACCACCACUUGAAAACUUUAACCAAGAAAAGAUACGGUCAAUCCGCCGGUAAUGUUGGUGACGAAGGUGGUGUUGCUCCAGAUAUCAAAACUCCAAAGGAAGCUUUAGACUUGAUUGUCUCUGCCAUUGAAGCUGCCGGUUACACUGGUAAAGUUGACAUUGCUAUGGAUGUUGCUUCAUCUGAAUUCUACAAGGAUGGUCUCUACGACUUGGACUUUAAAAACCCCGAUUCAGACAAAUCCAAAUGGCUCACUGGUCCACAAUUGGCCGACUUAUACAAGCAAUUGAUGGAGGAGUACCCUAUUGUUUCAAUCGAAGAUCCAUUUGCUGAAGAUGACUGGGAAGCUUGGAGCCACUUUUUCGCAAAAGUUGAAAACAAAGCUCAAAUUGUUGGUGAUGACUUGACUGUGACCAACCCAAUCAGAAUUAAAAAGGCUAUUGAGACAAAAGCCGCUGAUGCUUUGUUAUUGAAAGUCAACCAGAUUGGUACUUUAACCGAAUCUAUACAAGCUGCUAACGACUCAUACGCUGCCAACUGGGGUGUUAUGGUUUCCCACAGAUCAGGUGAAACUGAAGACACCUUUAUUGCUGAUUUAUCUGUUGGUAUCAGAUCAGGUCAAAUCAAGACUGGUGCUCCUGCUAGAUCUGAAAGAUUGGCUAAAUUGAACCAAAUCUUGAGAAUUGAAGAACAAUUGGGCGACAAGGCUGUCUAUGCUGGAAAGAACUUCCACCACGCUCACAACUUAUAA